AUGCCACCACAAACUCAGCCUCGGAAGAUACUCUUCCUCACCAAUGUCGAGCGUGGUGAGGCAAAUGUCUUCCUAGCAACUUGUGAUGCUCUUUUGCGACUCGCCCCGAGUAUCGAACUUCACUUCGCAACCUUCAGUGGUCUAGAAGAUGCUGUCGCGUCCGUGGGCCGACAUGUACGGGAAUCGGUGCCUCAAGCCGAACCGAUAACAUUCCAUAAGAUCGACGGAAUUUCGAUGGAGGAUAGUUUGAAGCAACUCUUCAAGCGAGAAAAAGUUCCCACUCGGGCAGGGUACCCUCCGAAUUCCUACCUUGAGCGACCGGGAAUAAUCAACACAACCAGAGCACUCCGAGACACAAUCCCGGUAUUUGUGCCGUACAAUGGACCACAAAUGGUUGAGAUGUUCUCUUCAAUUUGUGAAACGAUCAAAAAGGUCGACGCCGACCUGGUGGUGAUAAACAGUCUUAUGACUCCAGGGUUAACAGCAUGCUACCACCUCGGAAUCAAGUUCACAUGCUUGAGUCCCAACUCCAUCAAAGACUUUGCGGCGGCAGUUCAGCCCAAGGCCGCGGGACUCUGGAAAGUUCCUGCGCUGUUUUCCGGGUAUACAUUCCCAGUGCCGUGGUACUCACGCCCUGCAAAUAUAUACUACAACAUCUAUGGCCUCUUUGCCUGGAGCAGAGAUAGAAACAGAAAGCAAACCGAAAAGUAUCUUGCAGCCCAGACUGGAGCAACCUUGAGGACACCCAUGGAUCUGACCACAAAUCGACCCUUGGGGUUGAAAAUUCUGGUGAGCUCGCUUCCAGAGCUUGAUUUCCCGCUGGCCAUUCCAGAUUAUCUUAUUCCUUGUGGACCCAUCCUCCGAGAUGCCUCACCAAUACCGGAAUCGGACCCCAAGCUGGAAGAGUGGCUGGCUAGAGGUCCAACGAUUUAUCUUAAUCUAGGGUCGAUUUGCCCCGUCACCGAGAGCCAGGCUCUUGAGCUAGCUUUGGCUCUGAAAGUUGUACUCGACACAUUGAGAGUGCAACCAAAGGCACAAAACUUUCAAGUGCUAUGGAAGUUGAAGAAGCUGGGUAACUACGAGGUAUUAGAGCCUGGCAGCUCUAUUGGGAAGGUCUUAGGUCAAUAUAUCAAGCUUGAUUCUGUCAGGAUUGUGGACUGGAUUCAAGUUGAGCCGAUUGCGAUACUUCAAUCCGGACAUGCUGUGUGCUCAGUCCAUCACGGAGGCGCAAACUCAUUCAAUGAAGCUGUGAGGGCCGGAGUUCCUCAGGUUAUUCUUCCACAGUGGAUUGACUGCUAUGACUAUGCCGAGCGGGUCGAGAUGCUGGGCAUUGGUCGGCUCGGCAGCAGGAAGGCCAAACCACGAUGGACCGCUAAAGAACUAUCACAAGAGCUUCUGCAUGUGCUCCAAGGGGAGAGUGCGAUCGGUGUCCGUCAAAAGGCAAAUGAAAUAGCUAGCCUUUGCGACAAAAAUGGAAUCGGCGCGAUGGUGGCGGCUCAAACGCUCUUGGGCGAAUGCCCCGAGAAGAUACUUUGA